AUGUUGGAAUUUACGCAUCUAAAACAUCUGCUGAGUACAGCGGUUGCUCUGCUAUUGUCCUCAGUAAAUCUCUGCAACAGUCAGGAGAUCAUCAAGAAGGAGUACCACCUAGAGGAGGAAGGAGGUGUAGGUGUGCAUGUUGGAAGCCCAGGAAGAGACAGCGGACUCUACAGCAAGUUCCGAAAGGACAUGCACCUCUUGAUGUUCCAACCGUUCGCUCAGGGAAACGAGUACAUGCCUUACUUCUCCGUCAACGAAUCCAACGGGGUGAUCAGGACAGCGAGAAACAUUGAUCGCGAGGCUCUUUGCCUUGGUACCAAGGUCUGCACUGUUAAAUUAAGCAUCGCAGUUUACAGAAGACCGCUUUCUUCUGAAUCUCCAGCCUUAGUGAAUAUUCUGGAAGUUGUGGUCGUUAUCGAUGAUAUCAACGACAACAGUCCGACCUUCCCAAGUCCCGCGGUCAACCUCCAUGUUGCAGAGAACCUUGAGGUCAAUUAUCAGAUUGAAACCAGCGUGGCUAUAGACACCGACGAAGAAGGUCCGAACUCUCGGGUUACCUAUAGGCUGGAACCGCCAAGUCACAUGUUUGAACUGUCCACUGUAAAAACAGCAGACGGCGUUGAAGAUCUGGUUGUCACCAUUAAACGUAGCUUAGACCGAGAAGAGGUCAGCCAGUAUUCCUUGCUCGUGGUGGCCACAGAUCUAGGAGACGAGCCCAGAUCGGGAUCUGUUUCAAUCAACAUCCUGGUUAAAGACAUGAAUGAUAACGCUCCACUUUUCAGCCGGUUAAAUUAUUCAGUUAACAUUCUAGAAAACUCUGAUACUACAGUUCCUGUAGUCGUUGUUUCCGCUUCGGAUAGGGACGACGGUGAAAAUGCUCGGUUGACGUAUUCUUUGGGAUUUCAAGUACCCCAAGAUAUUAGGGAUACCUUUGUAGUUGAUCCUGAAAACGGUAAUGUUUUCGCCAGAAAAGAGCUGGACUAUGAAUUCAAACAGGCGUACCAUUUCUCAGUUAUUGUGACCGACCACGGCAGUCCCUCAAGGUCUAACUUCGCUUACGUCACAAUAAAUGUGAUUGACGUCAACGAUAAUGUCCCUCACAUUCAAAUAAACCCCGCCCCUGGAGGCGAGUCGGUUACUGAACAUGGUUCCAUUGGGAAAUUCCUCGCGUAUAUCAAAGUUUCGGACGCCGAUAGCCGAGACUAUGGUCGAGUUUCCUGCGACAUAAGGGAUAGAAAUUUUCUUCUAGAACCAGUGGAUAUUACCAGCAGAGGGAUUUAUAAAAUAAAGCUUAGGUUUUCUUUAGACAGAGAGGAAUCUCCGACUCGAAAUGUAGUUAUUUCUUGUGAAGAUAGCGACACUCGACCUCUGUCAGCCUCUGCUUCUUUCACUGUCACUGUAGAAGAUAUAAACGACAACCCUCCACAAUUUAUAGGCAGUUCACUGAUAGGCUCAGUGAUGGAAAACGAAAAUGUGAACACGUACGUUCUUCAAGUAAUGGCAGCAGACCCAGACGAAGGAAGAAAUGGGAAAGUCUCUUUUGCGAUCACAUCAGGAAAUGAGAAGUCGCUGUUUGCAAUCAGCGAGAAUACAGGAGUUAUUUCAACAACUGAUAUCUUAGAUCGAGAAGUCAGGAGUCAGUAUUUUCUGCAAGUUACAGCUUCUGACCAUGGAUUCUAUUCUCUAGCGUCGUCAGCGACAGUCACCAUCAACGUCCUGGAUGAGAACGAUAACCCGCCAAAAUUUAAGAAGCAGGCGUUUUUCAACAACAUCAUGGAGAACCUCCCUGCUGGUUCUGACGCUGGUAGUAUUUCCGCUUACGAUUUAGACCAUGGCGACAAUGCUAAAUUUGUCUUCUCGAUUAUUCACGAGGGAAUGGGGUCUCUUGACGGAUUAUCCUUCAGAGUGGAUCGAAAUCGGGGAUUUCUUACUUCCGUUGUGUCCUUUAACCGCGAGGAUAAAAGCGUCUACAAGUUCCGGGUCAAAGUUGCCGACCCUGUAAUUGCCAGCUAUUACGACAUUGCAAAUGUAACGGUUUUUAUCCAAGACGACAAUGAUCAUUCUCCGGUUGUCGUAAAACCUCUCUCUAGCAACAGGACCUUUCGUUGCCCCUUCAACACAACAGUUGGGGAAGUUAUCACAACAUUUAUUGCCACAGACAACGACGAUCCUGAACUCGUACAAAUCUCGUAUUCUUUACGAAACACGAAUUUAAACUCGCCAAAAUGGCCGCUGUUUUCUAUAGAUCCUAUUUCCGGUAAAUUACGAUUGGCUAGACGUAUACGACCAGAAGACGUUAGAACACAUAAUUUGGAAGUUCUUAUCAAGGACGGACCAGGAAUUACUUCACAAACGACGAUUGUGCCAAUCUCCGUGAUUGUGGAGGAAGGAGACGAGGAAUCGAUGAGGGCUUUUAUCGAUGAAUCUGGAACCAAUAUAGUCAUCGUUAUUAUAAUCAUCGCUGCAACUCUCAUCCUCGCCUUCAUUAUCGUCGCCAUUAUCUAUCUCAUCAGACGUGUCGAUAAAAAACGGCAUCGACAAUUGCCUCCAGCGUCCGCGGAAGAAAACAACAAACUGUACCAAGCCGCUAAAUGGGUCAGUGCCAUGUCUGUCACAAAAGAGAUUGGACCUGAAGAAAUUAGGUCAAUUUUUGAAAUCCCCCUGGAGGAGAGAAAGAAAAAGAAGGAGGUUAGUUUCUCUCUAGCGGAGAAGGUGGCAAGUUCACCCGAAGAAGACCAACCCCUUGGGAAGAAUUUUGCACUUCAGUUGAACACUUUUCAA